AUGAAUUCUGAUGCUAGUUGCGGACCAUCAAGUGCACUAAGCAACUUGUCGAAAUAUACCGACAGGGAUCAGACUCUUCAAAAGGAGUUUGUCAAUAGCCAUCCUGGAACAUUUCACAAGACACAAGGGUUCAAGAGUAAUGAAGGCAUAGACAGACGACUAAAUAACGAUUUUCAGAGCUUUAAUAAUGGUGGUUACCAUGAAUUUCCAAGCCAGAUGGUAAAUCAGUUUAAUCGACCGCCCGCCCUCAAUCAACCUCGUCCUACCAUGGUGGGGACACCUAGUCAUGGAGGCUGGGUGCAAGACUUUUCAGAUUUGUCGCUUGAUAGUGGGGCUCAACAUGCUAGCCGCAAUUUCCAUCAACAGCAACAAAUGUCAGAAGGCUGGCAUCAACAAUUUUUAAAUCAACAAAGCCAAAAUCGACAAGCUCAACUGCUUAGUCAACCGCAGGACUUACAAAAUAGACAUAUGCAAAAUGUGAAUUCUAGCUUCUCUAGUGCCUAUCCUUUGAAUAUGAGGACGAAUUUGUCUACUCCAUUAAUACCACAAAUGCUGUCCAUGACAGAACAUCAAGAAAUUCAUAAACUGGAUUAUGAGUCUACUAAUUUCGAGAGUCAUUUUGACCAGGUAGAAAAAGAACUCUUGGAAGCCGAAAAAGAGCAGCAACAACAUCACGAAGAAAUUACUACAGAAAAUGAUAAGGAAGAAUUUGCGAGAGCUGCACAGAAAGUCCAAAGUUCAAUGCUAAGCUCAAACACGUCAGCAGAAACAAGUAAUAAGUUUCAAAAUUCUAACUUCUUAAAAUUAAUGAAUUCAAUAAGUAACAGAGCUGUCGAACUUGAAGGAGAUAAGCUAGUUGACUCCCAAAGUAGAGAAGAUAUUAGGGAUCAGACACACGAUUUGCAGCAAGAACUGUUAGAUCAUCUGGUGUCUGCUCAAGAAAAUCAAACAAUGAAAGUAAACAGUUUGAAUUCACAUCAUAAUACAGUAGAACAGCCGUACCAAAAUUCUACGGCUGCCUCCGGUCGUCAACAAUGGCGUGAAGAAAAUAUCAACCAUCUACCAGAUCCUCUUGCACAUAUUAGAGAUGGGGAUCUUGCACAUAUAUCGAAUCCACUUCAAGCUGCUAAGAUAAUCAGUGGUGAUCAGGUGAAAAAUAGAGAUUGGAUGGAAGAUGAAUCUUGGUUCCAAAAGAGAGAUUCGCGUAGCCCACUUCAAAAUGAGCGUAAUUCCAUACUCGCAGAUGAAUGGCAAGAAAUGUAUGAUGAUUAUAGGCAUGAUGACGACUAG